AUGCCAGUCGACGGUGCCGAACGAAACGUGCAGCGCGUUGACGUCAGUGCUGAACAAAGUGUCGCAUUGAAAUUCAUUGGUUACCAAUACGACCAGUUCGAGCGAUGCACAGGUGUAGCGACCGGACGUGCGUUGCCAGCGCCGACUCGAUACUCUGGACAGCCACUUGCAAACUUACCGUCAUCCUCGCGUGCUUCAGGCCCGAGCGGCCGUAGUCGACGCGCCGUCAAAGCAGUAAGUGCGUUACAGCGCCGCGUGGCAGAGGCAAAAUCCGCCACCCAGUGCCCGGCACCAGCUAAUCCGCUCUGGGAUUUCUACUCUUGCGGGCUUGUGGAUGAGAGCGACGACUGCUCUAACGGUGAAGAUACGGAGGAUGAGCUGGAGACGCAGGAAUGGAUUCAGUUCCAGCGCCAACGCGCACAGGCGCGUCUUGCAAGUGCAAGCCAGCGUGAGGGUCGCGAUACACGAUCUACCGAGCCCUGA